AUCAUUACAGGGGCAGACAGGAGUCCAACGGGGACAAUUUUGAACCCUCUCACUCCACACUGUGAGCAGAGACAUCGAUGACAUUAGCACAAUGAUGGGGGACAGGAUCUUGAAGGUUUUUACAUUCAUUUGUUUUUGCUGUUCUGGGGGACAUGGACAAAAGGACACUAGUAUUCCGUGCGAUGAUAAACGUGUGGAAAAUGUUGUGAAUUUAACUCUUUCCAAACAUAAUGAGCUGUUAACCGUUGGCACUCUGCUGGCUCUCUAUGAAAUCCAGGAGGCUACAAAGGCUCAGAAUGAAUCAGGUGAAGUUUUGUUUGUGCGGUUCACCAGCAGAGAGACAGACUGUCCUGCAGGGGGAGACAAAGUGUGGCAACAAUGUGACUACCUACAACAAGCGGAUAAGGUGCUCAGAAACUGUCAUGCUAAAGUGCUGUUCACAGAGACUGGACACGAGUUAGUAUUACACGACUGUUCAGCUGAGCCAUCUAUUAUCUCUGAGAAGGCACGUUGUCUGGGCUGCCCUGAAAACAUUGAUAUUUAUAAAGAGGAACUGAGAGAACCACUCAUUCAUUCUCUGGCCAGAGCCAACAGCAUGACCAAUCACAUGCAUUUAUUCCUCUUUAAGAGCUUGUCAUCAGCAACAAAACAGGUGGUUGCUGGAUUCAGGUAUAAACUGCAGUUUGACAUGGAGAAGAGCAACUGCACCAAGUCAGAAUUCAAAGCUGUUACUGAAGAGUGUCAUGCAGUUCAGGAGGAGCGGGAAUUCAUGCAGUGUAACUCGACUGUGGAUGUGGCCCCUUGGAGGCACGAGAGUCCAGAAGUGCACACCGAAUGUGCAGCUGGUGCCCGAAUGGGAGGGUCAAGAAUUAAACGGCCACCAGGCUGGUCUCCCCUGAGGAGCAUGCCCUCUAAACCACCGAGUCCAAAACCAAUUGAAAAACCCGAAGAGGAAUCCAAGGAGAUCAUGAGCAUAACCCAGCGCACGCCAUUAAAUUGCCCGUCCAAACCCUGGAAAGAGUUCAAGCCCUUCAAUGACAGCCCUUCUUCACUGAACACUACAGCAUCUGCACAGCCAAACUCAACCACAGCAGAUGCCCAACUGAGUGAUCUGGAUUUGUUAAGUUGAGCUGGUGAUGUUUUUGGGGCUUUGUUUUCAAAUGCUUAUCUUAAAAUAUAAAAGAAAGGAAAAUGAAGGAAAGAAGGGAAAUAACAUUCUAAUAACUUGUAUGGUGUUUUGAAUAAAGUGUCAUUUAUUCACUGUACACUGUUUCACAGGUCACAAUAAAGAGGAACAUACAGAACUCA